AUGUGCCUUUCUUGGUUUGCUUCUCUGGCUAUUUACUGUCUGACCAUCCUUCCGAUGGCCUUCCGACCCUUUUUUGUUUUUCUUCUGAAGCUCAUCCCCUUUGCAUUAGCGUUUGUUGUUACCUACAAGGUAAUCAUGAGACGAUGGAUGGAACAGUCCUCCUCUGAGGGUCUCAUGCGCACCUUGGGGGCAAAUAGUGGGAAGGUCGUAGAUGUUCUUACAAUUGAUGCCAAAGGCUUACAGAGGUCUUUCGAACGUGGCGACGUAACGAGCCUUGACCUCGUCAAACAAUAUCUGGCCCAAAUCCAGCGACAUGAUAGCAAGCUUCACGCCAUGAUUCAGAUGACACCGAACGACCUGCUUGAGGCCAGAGCCAAACUGCUUGACCAGGAGCGAGCCGCUGGCAAGACACGCGGGCCACUGCACGGAAUUCCCAUUAUUAUCAAGGAUAACGUUGCCACUCACCCAAACUUCGGACUCCCGACCAGUGCCGGAAGCUUUGCGCUGUUGAGCUCCAAGCCUCGAAACAACGCGAAGAUUAUUGAUCAAUUGAUCGCUGCGGGCCUCAUAAUCUUGGGGAAGUCCAAUUUGAGCGAAUUUGCCAAUUCCCGAGGCUCCAAUAUGCCAAGUGGCUGGUCCGCUGUCGGCGACCAGACUCAAUCCGCUUAUGUCCGUGGAGGAGUUGACCCGGAUGACUCUAAGGAUGGCCACUCUAGCCCCUCCGGCUCUUCUUCGGGUUCCGCUGUAGGCGUUUCAGCUGGAUACGCGCCGCUUGCAAUUGGCACUGAGACAGACGGGUCGCUUGUUUGUCCUGCUGGUCGAGCGGCUCUGUACACCAUCAAACCGACAAUCGGCCUCGUUCCCCAAGAGGGCAUUGUGCCUAUUUCCAGCCACUUCGACUCGGCUGGACCCAUGACCAAGUCUACUUACGACCUGGCCGCUCUUCUGGAUGUUCUUGCCUCGAGGGAUCCCUCGGAGUCUUUCACAGCUAAUCUUACUGGGUCAUGGUCUGACAUUUCAGUGGCAGUCCUCGACCCUGAACAAUGGAGGUUUCCUGCAGCAUGGGUCAAACCCGUUGACGGAGCUGAGGCUCAGAUAAUUCGGGAGAUCCGUGAAGCAUACGACAUCAUUAAGUCCAAGGCAAAGAAGUUUGUCGACAACGUUGACUUGAUCUCGCCUGACGAGUUCACUGUUGAUGGCGAGAACAGCGAAGAGGUGAUCACGCUGGCCGAUAUGAAACGAAGUCUCACAGCCUAUCUUGAAGGCCUUGAAGAGAGUGAAGUGCGGUCCCUCGCGGACCUGAUUGAAUACAAUAUCCAACAUGCCGACGUAGAAAUGCCACCACACCAUCCAAGGCAAGACACCUUCAUCAAGUCACAGAAUCAGAACACAUCACCAGAGGAGUACGAACGCCACCUGGCACAUCUCAGACGAGUAGCAAGAGAGGAAGGAGUGGAACGAGUACUCACGACCUACGGCGUCGAUGUCAUCAUCGGACCUACGGACAGUGGUCUCACAUCUAUGGCAACAGGUGGAGGAUACCCACUCUGCGCGAUGCCACUAGGAUAUCUGGAAUACAACGGUCGACCUUUUUCAGUUUCAGCCAUUGCAAGAAAAAACCAGGACGAUCUCUUGGUGAAAGUUAUGAGUGCCUGGGAAGCCACAUUCCCCCAACGGAAGCCACCUCCACAGCUAGCCAAUUUGUCCUAG